AUGAUCGUUUCGUUGUAUUUGUGGUCCAUACUGUGCGUCUUGUUCGCUGAUUUCGUCAGUGCAGACGUUCAAGUCGUUAGUCCAACGAAAGGUACCACCUACGAUUCUUCCAACAGUAAAAUCUCAUUCACUCUCUCGUGGAUGGAUGAUAAUGCAUUCCCAACCAUAGACGACGUCACCCAAUAUACUUUUAUGUUAUGUGGUGGUAAGAACAGUGAUAUUAAAUGUCCAUAUGAAAUUGCAACAGGUGUAGCACCUUCUGCAAUCACUACAUCUAGUGGGAAAUAUAGUUAUGCCGUUUCAUUCGCUUCUUCUGUCGUGGGUGACGGACAGUACUUCGUUCAAGUCACUGCAAUCAUUGGCACAGAAGGUCAAACUAUUCAUUACUCCCCAAGAUUCAAUUUAGAAGAUAUGACAGGUACCACUUCUUAUACAUACACCGAUUCAACACAACCAGUCGGACAAACGCAAAUCACAACAGGUACUGCAACAACAGAUGCAGGUGACACGUCUGCUUCUUUCUCCAUCCCCUACACUGAACAAACUGGUAAGACAAGAUACGCACCAAUGCAAAUGCAACCAGAUACAACAGUAACAAAGACAACUUGGUCUAGAAGAUUCGCUACAUCCGCAGUGACUUACUAUUCCACAUUCAAUACCGUACUCGAUUGUUACUCUACAGUCACACCAGGCUGGAACUAUACCAUGACUUCAGGAGCAAAUUAUGCGACUCCCGCACCAUUCCCUUCAGCAAACGGCGGUUGGUAUGAUCCAAAGAGUAAACUAUCUCUAUCCUUAAGAAAACUUAACGCUAAAAGAAAAUAG